AUGAAGGUCAUUGUAGCCGGAGGCUCGCUGGGUGGCCUGUUUGCAGGUAUUGUUGCUAAAUCACAGGGCCAUUCUGUGCACAUUCUCGAGAGACAUACUUCCGCCCGCGUGAGAGGCAGCGGUGCAGGCAUCGUGCUCGGAAAGUCGAUCCGUGAAUUUCUAUCUCGAUUUUCUCCAAAUCACCAGCUCGAGACGGUUACCAGUGAUGGACAUUUCUUUCUCGAUCGCGCCGGAAUCAUCGUUCGUACGAUAGAGAAACAUCAAGAGACCACGAGCUGGGACCAGCUAUAUCUUAUUGCUCGCGAAACGUUUGACAGUGGAGAGGUAGAGUCGAAAUAUCUAGAGGGACAUACCGUUACGAAAGCCGAUGUUCGGAUUGAAGAUGACAAAAUCGAAGUGUCUUACACAGAUGCAGAUCGGAUACUGAAGCGUGAGGAAGUGGAUCUUCUUCUUGGUGCAGAUGGUGCUUUCUCUGCUCUCCGGAGGAGUCUGCUGGAGGAUGUGGCGCCGAGUUAUGCCGGAUACGUCGCCUGGAGAGGCAUUGUCGUAGAAGAUGAGAUAGCACCGACUAUUUUCGAUCUUUGUUUGAACAAGCUGGUUUUUUAUAAUUCGCCCGGAUGUCAAAUGGUCGUAUAUGUUGUACCCGGGGAAGAAGGCAAACGCUACGUGAACUGGGUCUGGUACUGUGACUCGGAAGAGAAUUCACUCCCAUCUCCCGAGCUGAUGACUGGUAAUGAUGGAUCAGUGCAUCGAGUAACACUGCAAGCUGGACAAGUACGGCCGGAGGUUUGGGAUAGCCAAAAGAACUUUGCACAAGAAGUCCUUCCGCCGCAAUUCUACGAGAUUGUUCAAAGCACGCACAGACCCUUUGUUCAGGCUAUUUGGGAUGUGAUCAGUCCCCAGAACUUCUUCCACGAGGGCAAGGUUAUUCUUAUCGGAGACGCAUUGGCUGGGCUACGUCCGCAUACUGGUGCCGGAACUGAACAAGCUGCCUUCCAUAGCCUCACCCUGGAGAAACUUCUGAAUGAGUCAGCAAGCCCAGAAGAGUUUAUCCGAUUGACUAUGGAACAUUCCCAAUACAUCCAGAGCAUUGGAGUGCAAAUUGGAGAGAAAAUUGGACUCGGAGCCAGAAGGGAGGACAAUGCUUUUCGUACAGACAGACAAGCGCAACUCUUCUGA